CCGCCCUCCUAUUUGUAAAUUCCAUUUCCUGUUUGUAUUCAGUUAUUACCCCCCAUCACGACCAAACCCUAGAUGCUUUCCUUGAGAGUUUAAUAUACAAAGAAACGAGUAACUAGUUGUUUGGGGAGGGAGAUGAGUGGCAGCAAGUCAGUGGCGGUAAGUGGUGGUGGCGGAGACUGGUACAGGGCACCAUUCACGGCGGUUCAGUGGCAGGAGCUGGAGCAUCAAGCUUUAAUAUAUAAGUACUUGGUGGCGGGGGUGCCUGUCCCUUCUGACCUUGUUUUGCCGAUUAGACGGAGCUUCGAGGCUCUAUCUGCUAAGUUGCUCCAUCAUCCUGCCUUGGGAUAUACGAAUUUAAGUUUGUACUACGGGAAAAAGUUUGAUCCUGAGCCAGGGAGGUGCCGGAGGACAGAUGGUAAAAAGUGGAGGUGCUCGAAAGAAGCUUUUCACGAAUCAAAAUACUGUGAGCGCCACAUGAACCGUGGUCGUAAUCGUUCAAGAAAGCCUGUGGAAUCUCAAUCAACUGCCAAAGGGGGGAGCUACCAGAAUGUUAUUAGCACUGCAACUGCAAAAUCGUUGAAUCCCAUCACUACUAAUUCGGGGACAGGUAGUUAUAAUUUUGGAAACAAUGGAUCAAAGUUGCAGCUGGAUACUAUUCCGUAUGGUAUCAACACCAAAGAUCUUAGGUAUUCUCAAGAACAAACAGUAACAGUGAAUGUUGAUAAUCAAAAUUACGCAUUGAAAUUGUGUGGUGAUAGCAAUGACAAUGAUUUAGACAAUUCUUGGUCUUCCCAAGUUGUCACAGAUUCUUCACACAACGAUUCGUACUCCAAUACUUUUGAGCCUAUUCCCAUGCCCAUGAUCGAUGAUGAUGCUAAUAAUUCCAUUUCCAUGUCGUCAUCAUCAUCAUCAUCAAAACAACAAAGUCAACAACAUUUUUGCUUUUUUGGUGGUGAAAUUGACCAAGUAAACCAUGAUGAGCAAGAUAAUUCAAUGCUUCCAAUUCCAUGGUCCAAUCUCAAUGCUUGAUGCAACAAAUGCUUCUCCUAAUAACAGCGAACGUGCUUUCAUACAACUGUUUUUGAUGGUGAGGACGAGGGCAUUCACGUCUUUUCGACAUUAUUUCACAGUUUUUGGGUUGGACAAAAAUUUGCAAUUUAUGUAUGUCCGGUUGACUUGACAUUAUCCUAAUCCCAGUCUAAUGCAUGCCAAACACAAUAUAAACAAAUGGGAAGUUAUGUUUGAUUGA